AUGGAUAUGCCCAAGCUUCAUAUUCUGCUAGCGACAGCCCCUCGUAUCACAGCCUCCGCAAUAAUCCCCAAGGCCCAGCGUGUUGUGUGCAAUGCUGCCCAUUCCGGACUAGCGUGUCCUGGUCAACGCGAAACCGCCAACCAAGGACGCGCCCAGCCAAUCAGCAUGCGCGCUCCAGCUCAAGCCUUUUCCUUCUCGUCCAGAUGCAACUCUGCAACUUCCACUGCCGACCAGGGCUUCAAAAGCUGCAAUCGUCCCCUCAGGGUUGCCAUCCCGACUACCCAGAACCUCUCCUAA